CAGAGCUCCCCGGGAGACCUCAAAGGUGGUUACCGUGCUCAGAACUUGACGCUAUGGGGCUUCCAGAGGAGCGGGGCCGGAGUGGCAGUGGGAGUGGGGGCCAGGAGGAGGCUGGAGCGCGGGUCCGGGUGCGGAGUUGGUCUCCACCGCCCGAGAUCAGCCGUUCCGCGCACGUCCCCUCGCUGCAGCGCUACCGCGAGCUGCACCGACGCUCUGUGGAGGAGCCGCAAGAGUUUUGGGGAGACAUUGCCAAGGAAUUUUACUGGAAGACUGCAUGUCCUGGCCCAUUCCUCAAGUACAACUUUGAUGUGACUAAAGGGAAAAUAUUCAUUGAGUGGAUGAAAGGAGCAACUACCAACAUCUGCUACAACGUAUUGGAUCGAAUUGUCCAUGAGAAAAAACUUGGUGAUAAAAUUGCUUUUUACUGGGAGGGCAAUGAGCCAGAGGAGAACACCCAGAUCACAUACCAUGAACUUCUGGUCCAAGUGUGUCAGUUCAGCAAUGUUCUCCGAAAACAGGGCAUUCGGAAGGGCGACCGAGUGGCCAUCUACAUGCCUAUGAUACCGAAGCUUCUGGUAGCAAUGCUCGCAUGUGCUCGCCUUGGGGCUGUGCAUUCCAUUGUGUUUGCAGGCUUCUCUGCAGAGUCUCUAUGUGAACGGAUCUUGGAUUCCAGUUGCAGCCUUCUCAUCACUGCAGAUGCCUUCUACAGGGGGGAAAAGCUUGUGAACCUGAAGGAACUGGCUGAUGAGGCCCUGGAGAAGUGUCGGGAGAAGGGUUUCUCAGUGAAAUGUUGCAUUGUGGUCAAGCACCUGAGGAGAUCAGAGCUGGGCACAUGUGACUCUCUCAGCCAGUCCCCACCGAUUAAGAGGUCAUGUCCAGAUGUGCAGGGUAAGCCGAAAGAGAAACCCAAGCGCAUCUGGCCCCAGAUCUCCUGGAAUGAGGAUGUUGACUUGUGGUGGCAUGAACUCAUGCAGGACACAGGGGAUGAGUGUGAGCCUGAGUGGUGUGAUGCUGAGGACCCACUCUUCAUCCUGUACACCAGUGGCUCCACAGGCAAACCCAAGGGUGUGGUACACACAGUUGGAGGCUACAUGCUCUAUGUGGCCACAAGCUUCAAGUACGUGUUUGACUUCCAUCCAGAGGAUGUGUUCUGGUGCACAGCAGACAUCGGCUGGAUCACUGGCCAUUCCUAUGUCACCUAUGGGCCACUGGCCAAUGGUGCCACCAGUGUUUUGUUUGAGGGUAUCCCCACAUACCCGGAUGUGAGCCGCAUGUGGAGCAUUGUGGACAAGUACAAGGUGACCAAGUUCUACACAGCACCUACGGCUAUCCGCCUGCUCAUGAAGUUUGGAGAUAAGCCUGUCAUCAAGCACAGCCGGGCAUCCUUACAGGUGUUAGGCACAGUAGGUGAACCCAUCAACCCUGAGGCCUGGCUGUGGUACCACCAGGUAGUAGGUGCCAAGCGCUGCCCCAUUGUGGAUACCUUCUGGCAGACAGAGACAGGUGGCCAUAUGCUGACCCCCCUCCCUGGUGCAACACCCAUGAAGCCUGGUUCUGCUACCUUCCCAUUCUUUGGUGUAGCUCCUGCAAUCCUGAAUGAGUCUGGAGAAGAGUUGGAAGGUGAAGCUGAAGGCUAUCUGGUAUUCAAGCAGCCCUGGCCGGGGAUCAUGCGUACAGUCUAUGGGAAUCAUGAACGCUUUGAGACCACCUACUUUAAGAAGUUCCCUGGGUACUACGUGACAGGAGAUGGCUGCCGGCGGGACAAGGAUGGCUAUUACUGGAUCACUGGCAGGAUCGAUGACAUGCUAAAUGUAUCUGGUCACCUGCUGAGCACUGCAGAGGUGGAGUCAGCACUUGUGGACCAUCAGGCUGUCGCAGAGGCAGCUGUGGUCAGCCACCCUCAUCCCGUGAAGGGCGAAUGCCUCUACUGCUUUGUCACCCUGUGUGAUGGCUAUACUUUCAGUUCUACUCUCACCGAGGAGCUCAAGAAGCAGAUUAGAGAAAAGAUCGGCCCCAUUGCCACACCAGAUUACAUCCAGAAUGCACCUGCCUUGCCUAAAACCCGCUCAGGGAAAAUCAUGAGGCGAGUGCUUCGGAAGAUUGCCCAGAAUGACCACAACCUGGGGGACACAUCUACUAUGGCUGACCCAUCUGUCAUCAGCCAGCUCUUCAGCCACCGUUGCCGGACCAUCCAGUGAACAAGAUGCCCUUUACCCAGGAUUCCUCCCUGCUUGGCUUUCCAAAGUUUUGCCUACUCUCCCUGCCCCCAUCCAAGAGUGCUGAGGGUCAGGGCUGACCCAUACCACCUCCCUCAACCAGGUGUCCAGGACUGAGGACCAGCUUUACCCCUGGGUGGAGGUAACUUCCUGUGUCUGCCAGACAGAUGGGACAGGAUCCAGGUCAGCCUCAGGUUGUUGUACUGGCAAAGAGCCCUUGGAGCCCAGAACAGGGAACUGAAGGUCAUGUUCCCAGCCCAAGUUCAGUGUUCAGAGGACGAGUGAGAGCCUAGACAAGCAGCAGGGAAGCAGCUCUGUAAUCCUAUGUCAACUCUCUCAGGAAACACCAGCACUUAUCGUGGGCAUGCACUUGUCCUUAGAAAGGCCUGCCUGUGAGUCCUGGAACAAUUAUUGUUUUUUAAACACUUGCUUCUUCUGCUCCAGGUCUUUUGUGCCAGAUGACAGUGCUUGCCUGUCCAUUUGCUCCAGGGAUUGUGAAGGCAGGCUGUUUCUAGAUGAUUUUUAGAUCAUUUGCUUCUUUGGGCCAGAGGAACUUGUCUUCUUUUCUUACUUCAUCUGAACACAGUCCUGCCCAUGAUAGACACUCUCAGAUGAAACUCUUUUCUUGCCUUAGCUGUGCUCAAGCCCUUUGGUUGUCGGAAUAAAGUCUGUGACCUCAA